AUGCGAACAGAUGAUGAUGAUGUUAGUGCGAGCAGUAAUCUCGAUGCCGUAGCAUUCACGAACGAGCAUGAAGCCGCGUUGAGUCGAUUCGCUCACUUUGAUAACAUUGGCGACGCGUGUGAUAAGGAGAUUGGCGGAAAAGAAGUAGGUUUUUGAUGUAUUUUGUUCGAAUUUUAGAUAAGCAUGAGUUCAAAAGUCGACGCAAGAUACAAUAACAAUAUAGGUUGAUGUUUGAUAUUGAAGAAGGGUUUUAAAUUGAGAUUUAUUCCUUUUGAUUCGUAUUUUAACAGAAAUCUAAUUUUCUGUCGAAAGUUAGGUGCUAAAAAUUAUUUUUAUAGUUAAAAAUUUAUGUGCAUAGUUUUAGACAGCUCUCUGAUACAUUAAAAUCUCACUGGCACAUUGCUAAUGUUGUAUAUCAUUAAUCUACAACUAAAAAAAGCAAUAUAUUAUACAUCUAACUAAUCAGAAACACUAUCAUUUUAAGGGCUGUGAACACACAGACGAUCGUUUCUUUGACUCGAGUGAUUAUCGUUGUUGUUUCAACGCUUUUCAUCCAAAGAUUGGUGCAUUUAUAUUUUGCACAUGGAUUCUACAAGAAGUUGUUUUAGCUACCUUAUUCUUGUUGGCUCAAAAAGAGUUUAAAGAAGGCGCUCCUACACCCAGUUCAAUAGUAUUAUUAAUAUGUAGAGGAUUACAAAUCCCGACAAUUGCCGUUGCCUAUAUUGGCUUAUGGUUAUAUAAACGAAAAUGGCUGUUUCCUUUUGUCAUGGUUCAAGUGAGUUGGGAAUUUGGUCGAAAAUUUGCUUUUUGAAAGCUUUGAGUUUAAAGUUCGAAAAAUUUUGGAUUUUUACAAUUUUAAAUUUAAAAAUCUAAAAGGAUUGUUAUAUAUAUUACAUAGUAAAAAUGUGAAAAAAUAAAAUGUGGAACAACUCUAAAAAUAAUGAAAAUCUGAAUAUUCCAGUUUACUGCCGGUAUAUUUGCGGAUAUCUCAACAAUUUUAAUAGGUGUAGGUUACUUGGAAAGUCAUGGUUAUCGAAUAUUAUUCGACGAGAAUUGGAAAUGGCUCAACGUUUUAUUGCCUUUAGUAGCAUAUGCUGGUAUUAUGAUAUGGUUAGCAUGGGUUAUGUACAGGUAGCUAACUGAAAAUUAUUUUGAUAUUUUUCUUCUCUUUCUCUCUCCACUCUUCUCCUCACUUUUUCUUUUCUCAAAAAAUGAAAAAAUUGACUUCAGAUUUUAUCACUUUAUUGGAGCACGUGUAGAGCACGAUGAGCGUCGAAAGCAGGAAAAAGAACGUCAAAAACAACUGGAAGAAGAAUUAAUGCAACAUUGUGGUAUUGAAAUGGACGAAAUUGGGGAACUAGAUAGUAAUGGUGAGAAUGUCAACGCUGUAGAUGAUGGACGUUCCGCGUCCCCAUCUCCACCACCAUCUUUAAAGCACGGUAUACCAUUACGGCGUCUUGGUCGUAGUCCAAGCCAACAUGAAGGUAGUAUUAUUGGUGCUGCUUCAAUGAGUACCACUCCACACUUUCAUGUGUUUCAAAGGCCGGAAAGGGUGGUUAAACAAUGGCAUUACACUGGUAGUUUACAACAGUUGCAGCCGAUUGUACGUAAGCCUUCUAACGCCAGAAGAUUGAUGAGUUUGACUGGGACGGCACCAUUAAGACGGCUGGCUCAUGAACAAAGUGAACCUACUUUAACUUUGUUACAAAGUCGACCGGUAUUUAAGUGA